GGGGUAACUUGACGAGGGGAGCCAAACUCUGUACUCGAUGAAGAGGAAACAACUAUGUCGUCAUUUGUUUGGUCUUCAAAUGAUGGAAACAGCUCCCCUGAAAAUUGUCACACAUCUCAUCAGCAUAGGCUAUCAUGGAUGGGAAGAGCAGAGUACGGCAUAAGACUUGACCCUGUACUGAACUCAGAGCUAGCUGGAGAUUCUUUAUAUAGAUCAGGUUGCCUGCAACAUUUGUAUUGAUUGAGGUAACUGGAAGUCUUGGAGUACCUGCAUAACACAUUCAGUUAACGAAUGUGCUCUUUAGUAAUGAAUGAAAUGGACAUAAUAGGAUUUAGCUCACUAGCUGGAAGAAAAAGCUUACUUUCCAAGCAUGUUCGAGGCUCUGGUCGGUGUUCUCUGUAUUGACUUUCUGCGCCAGCGUACUGAGAAGUUCUGCUUGUUGCAUCAGGGCUUGUAUCUUCGGAUCAUCUUUUUUUAGAAAGGUUCCUUGAGUGUUACCACUUAGAGCUGCUAAACAUUUUGGGAUUAAAGAAAAUUACUACCGGUAUACUCAACAUAACCUGACUGGCCAUCAAGAAAGCUCAAUUGAACUAAAGAAAGGAGGUUUUCUGCAGAAGAAUGUUACCACCAGGGGAAACGUCCUUGUUAUUGAUGACUGGAUGCUGAUUAACAGCAUUAAUUUUAUGUGCAUACCGAGCCAACACCAUAAAUGGGGGCCUAGCCUGUUUAGGGUGUGAUCUAUCUCCAAGAUUUCGGGCCUCCAUUUCAUUGGGAAUGUGGGACCUCCUGAGUUUGAACAAAGACAAAAAAGAAGACUUCAACAGAUGUGCUGCAAACUGGCCAUGGAACCACAAAUGCAGAAAUUUUUCAGAUGUUCCACCGUACCUAGUUCUCUUGGCAGGUCCUGCAAUUUCUGGGUUUCUAUCAGUGUUAACCUUGUCAUCCAACAAGACUC